AUCUACCUUAUUUCAUGAUGUUCACUUGUUCCGUUAGACUUCCCUUCUUUCACUGUUGUGUUUCUAUAAAUAGUUGAGACUUGAGAGCAAAUUGUAGUCCAUCCUUUGGCUAAACCUACCCAAUAUUAUAUCAUUGUGGAUUUAUAUAGUGUUGGAUAAUUACAGUCACUCUGCAUGGUAUUACCAUAGACAUUUUGAGGUAAAGUAUUCUAUCUACAAAGAGGUUUUGACUCCCUGCAGAAGUUGUUUUAUUACUGUCUUGUCUUUCUCCUGAUUGUAACCAGAAACCCAUCCCUUGAUCCGCCAACGGACGACUAAUUUCAGGACUGCUUCUUUUACUUUCAACCUGAAAACACUGCUGACUCAUACCUGUCUGAUUACUUCGGGUCUUUGUACAAUAGUCAACUUGAAGACAUCGAUCAGCUACUCUGCCAAAGAUUUCUGUAUCCUGCUUUAUAGCUAAGGGAACUUAAAGGAAUCAAUCAGCAUCAUGAACAAUAAUGAGGUUGAGAAGGGGACCUUACCAGUCGAGGCAUUGCAUCUUGAGCACAUGCCCUUUAAUUCCAAGUAUUCUGGACCGAAUUACACAGCAUGUGAAGGAGAGAGACAGGAGGAUGGAGAAGGAGUAAGGGAUCAUGGUAGAAAGAACACUACAAUGAAUGAAAAUCUCCUGGAGCAGCAAAGAGAACCCUUGUCCAUGGAACAGACCUCUAGAUGGCGCCAUGCAGCUUUGGCCAUUUCUUGGGCGUCCGUCAUCGUUCUUCUCAUAAUCGGUAUUCUAAGCUUCGUUGUAUCAGAUACAACCAACAGCUCAGCAGCAUUUGGAUUCGGUUUUGACUGUUUGCUGGAUGUAGGAACCUCAGUAGUAGUUAUAUGGAGAUUCAUGGGUUCGCUCAGCUCAGUUCGUUCAGAAAAGAAAGAAAGAAUAUCUCUCCUGUUCCUAGGGGCUCUCUUUAUCAUCGCAGCGGUAUCUAUAUUUGCCAGAGCCAUUCCAGAUCUGAUUGACGACACUGAGACUGUCAGUGGUAUGUGGCUUCUGAUUCUGGCAAUAGUGAGUUUUUUUGUAUGUUCAACGUUAGCCAUUUUCAAGUUCAUCAUUGCCAAGAAAUUAGACAGCACAAGUGUUCAGUCUGAUGGUUACAGUUCCUUGGCUGGGGCGAUCACAGCACUCAGUAUGCUCAUUAGCACCAUAGUCAUCCAUUAUGAUUUGCAUGUCUGGUACUUGGAUGAGAUUGUGGGUAUCAUCGUUGGACUUCUACUCGCUGUCUAUGGAAUCAAAUUAUUGGUCGGAGUAACGCGGAGUUCAGACCUGAGUAUUUCCAUGAAAUCAUGUCUUCCCAGGAAGAAUUGAGCGAGCCAGCUAGAAUGCAAGAGCGUCCGAUAAACAAUCCAAGAAGUGCCUAUUCCGUACAGAAACCGAGGCUUUAAAGGAAUGAGAGAAUUCGAUCAUUGUCAAGUUCAAGGACUAAAAGAUAAAGUUGAGUUCUGGUCAUGCGAUUGCAUUGUGAAAGAAACAUUGUGGAAUCAAUCAGAAAAAUUGAUCAUCUAGCAUAUAAGUAUUGGUGUGUA